AUGCACAAGCACCAGCACUGCUGUAAGUGCCCGGAGUGCUACGAGGUGACCCGCCUGGCCGCCCUGCGGCGCCUGGAGCCUCCGGGCUACGGGGACUGGCAGGUGCCCGACCCCUACGGGCCAGGUGGGGGCAAUGGAGCCAGCACGGCUUAUGGGGGCUACAGCUCGCAGACCCUGCCUUCGCAGGCGGGGGCCGCCCCAACCCCCCGCACCAAGGCCAAGCUCAUCCCCACUGGCCGGGAUGUGGGGCCAGUGCCCCCUAAGCCAGUCCCUGGGAAGAGCACCCCCAAACUCAACGGCAGCGGCCCCAGCUGGUGGCCUGAGUGUACCUGUACCAACCGGGACUGGUAUGAACAGGUGAAUGGCAGCGAUGGCAUGUUCAAGUAUGAGGAGAUAGUACUUGAGCGGGGCAAUUCUGGCCUGGGCUUCAGCAUCGCAGGUGGCAUUGACAACCCUCAUGUCCCUGAUGACCCCGGCAUCUUCAUUACCAAGAUCAUCCCUGGUGGAGCAGCCGCCAUGGAUGGGAGGCUGGGGGUGAAUGACUGUGUGCUGCGGGUGAAUGAGGUGGACGUGUCGGAGGUGGUGCACAGCCGGGCUGUGGAGGCGCUGAAGGAGGCAGGCCCUGUGGUGCGGUUGGUGGUGCGGAGGCGACAGCCCCCACCGGAGACCAUCAUGGAGGUCAACCUGCUCAAAGGGCCCAAAGGCCUGGGUUUCAGCAUUGCCGGGGGCAUCGGCAACCAGCACAUCCCAGGAGACAACAGCAUCUACAUCACCAAGAUCAUCGAGGGGGGUGCUGCUCAGAAGGAUGGCCGCCUACAGAUCGGGGACCGGCUGCUGGCGGUGAACAACACCAAUCUGCAGGAUGUGAGGCACGAGGAAGCUGUGGCCUCGCUGAAGAACACGUCUGACAUGGUCUAUCUGAAGGUGGCCAAGCCAGGCAGCCUUCACCUCAACGACAUGUACGCACCCCCUGACUACGCCAGCACUUUUACUGCCUUGGCUGAUAACCACAUAAGCCAUAAUUCCAGCCUGGGUUAUCUCGGGACUGUGGAGAGCAAGGUCAGCUACCCUGCUCCUCCUCAGGUUCCCCCAGCCCGCUACUCUCCUAUCCCCAGGCACAUGCUGGUUGAGGAGGACUUCACCAGAGAGCCCCGCAAGAUCAUCCUGCACAAAGGCUCCACAGGCCUGGGCUUCAACAUCGUGGGAGGAGAGGAUGGAGAAGGCAUUUUUGUCUCCUUCAUCCUGGCAGGAGGCCCAGCUGACCUGAGUGGGGAGCUGCGAAGGGGAGACCGGAUCUUAUCGGUGAAUGGCGUCAACCUGAGGAAUGCAACUCAUGAGCAGGCUGCAGCUGCUCUGAAACGGGCUGGCCAGUCAGUCACCAUUGUGGCCCAGUACAGACCUGAAGAGUACAGUCGCUUUGAGUCGAAGAUACAUGACUUGCGAGAACAAAUGAUGAACAGCAGCAUGAGCUCUGGGUCUGGGUCCCUCCGGACAAGCGAGAAGAGGUCCUUAUACGUCAGGGCCCUGUUUGAUUAUGACCGGACUCGGGACAGCUGCCUGCCAAGCCAGGGGCUCAGCUUCUCCUAUGGCGACAUUCUACAUGUCAUUAAUGCCUCUGAUGAUGAGUGGUGGCAGGCAAGACUGGUGACCCCACAUGGAGAAAGCGAGCAAAUCGGUGUGAUCCCCAGUAAGAAGAGGGUGGAAAAGAAGGAAAGAGCUCGAUUGAAAACCGUGAAGUUCCAUGCCAGGACGGGGAUGAUUGAGUCGAACAGGUCGAUCAAAACGAAACGUAAAAAGAGUUUCCGCCUCUCUCGAAAGUUUCCAUUUUACAAGAGCAAAGAAAACAUGGCCCAGGAGAGCAGCAUACAGGAACAGGGAGUGACAUCCAACACCAGUGACAGCGAAAGCAGUUCCAAAGGACAAGAGGAUGCUAUUUUGUCAUAUGAGCCAGUGACUCGACAAGAAAUUCACUAUGCAAGGCCUGUGAUCAUCCUGGGCCCGAUGAAGGACAGAGUCAACGAUGACCUGAUCUCAGAGUUCCCACAUAAAUUUGGAUCUUGUGUGCCACACACCACCCGGCCUCGGCGUGACAAUGAGGUGGAUGGACAGGACUACCACUUCGUGGUGUCCCGAGAGCAAAUGGAGAAGGACAUUCAGGACAACAAGUUCAUCGAGGCAGGCCAGUUCAAUGACAAUCUCUACGGGACCAGCAUCCAGUCUGUGCGGGCAGUUGCAGAGAGGGGCAAGCACUGCAUCUUAGACGUUUCGGGCAAUGCAAUCAAGAGGCUGCAGCAAUCACAGCUCUACCCCAUUGCUGUUUUCAUCAAGCCCAAGUCCAUCGAAGCACUUAUGGAAAUGAACCGACGGCAGACAUACGAACAAGCAAAUAAGAUCUAUGACAAAGCCGUGAAACUGGAGCAGGAAUUCGGAGAGUACUUCACAGCCAUUGUACAGGGUGACUCACUGGAAGAGAUUUAUAACAAAAUCAAACAAAUCAUUGAGGACCAGUCUGGGCACUACAUUUGGGUCCCAUCCCCUGAAAAACUCUGAAGAAGCCCCUCCGCCCUUCCUCUUGUGAACAGAAGAAAUCAAGCCCCUGUACCCUCCUCCCUCUUCAUUCCUGUCCCCACGGGGAGAACAAGUGACUACUGUUCUUACCCCCUUUUUUUAGAUAUGUCAAAAAAAAUUGAGUUUUCUA